AUGCAACAUGCCAUCGGAACACUCCCAUCUGUCGAUCACCAACAUAAAUGCCAUCGAAAACAGGAGAUGGCGGAGACGAUCGCGUGGGCGGCUAAUCUCAACCUUGCUAGUGUGAUCAUGCGGGAAAGGUUCUGCCAUUCCAUGUUUGCCCAAAAUUGCACGCGCUUAUUCCAGUCAAGAUCGGACGGCCCCGGCAUGCGUCGCCUCAUUUUACCCCUCUUGCUGGACCGAUGA